AAUCCCCUCUCUCUCUCUCUCUCUCUCUAAACUCUCUCUCUCUCUCUCUCUCUCAGGUGGAUAUAUCCACCGUAGCUGUAACCGCCGUUGAUUCUUCUUUUAUCAAACACCUUUCUACUCAGAUCUAAAACUUCAAUUCAUUCAACAAUUCAUUUCUCCAGUUGUUGUACCUACUGAUUCAUCACCCCUCUGAUCUUCUUCUAGUAUUCUAUGGCUUCCAAAACAUCAUCUAGGUCAAGAGCCACUGCUCCUGCAAAGACUAGCUCCAAGGAAACCGCCCCUAAGCUCGAAGAAAAUCUCAAUAUCUUCAAGUCCGAUAAGUUUGACGCUGAUGCCUUCGUCAACUCCAAGUGUAAUUCCAUGAACGAGAAGGAGAUAAGGCAAUUAUGCUCAUAUCUUUUGGAUCUGAAGAAAGCUUCUGCAGAGGAAAUGCGAAGGAGUGUAUAUGCUAAUUAUACAGCAUUCAUACGUACAUCAAAAGAGAUAUCAGAUCUAGAAGGCGAGCUACUAUCGAUAAGAAACUUACUAUCUACUCAGGCUACCUUAAUUCACGGUCUAGCUGACGGGGUCCAUGUAGAAUCAUUGUCUAUUGCAGUUCCAAACGGUUUAUACUCAAACGGUGCAUCUGCUGACGUGGACAGAGAUCCUUCAGACCUAGAUAAUUGGUUAAUCGAAUUCCCUGAUAUACUUGAUGUUUUGUUAGCUGAAAGAAGAGUUGAGGAAGCUUUAGCUACCCUUGACGAAGGUGAGCGUAUAGCUUCUGAAGCAAAAGAAAAAGAUUCACUGCCACCUAACGUUUUAGCAUCUCUCCAAACUGCUAUAACCGAAUGUCGGCAACGAUUAGCCAAUCAGCUUGCUGACGCUGCUUCACAACCAACAACACGUGGCAGUGAGCUUCGCGCAGCUAUUAGUGCUCUUAAAAAACUCGGAGACGGUCCACGGGCCCACAGUUUACUACUUCAAUCACAUUCUCAACGGCUUCAAUCCAACAUGCAAAAUCUCCGUCCUUCAAGCACUUCAUACGGUGGAGCAUACACAGCGGCUAUUUCACAACUCGUGUUUUCCGUUAUUGCUCAAACGGCAACUGAUUGUAAUGCUAUUUUCGGCAAGGAACCGUCGUAUAGCUCCGAGCUUGUGAUGUGGGCUACAAAGCAAACUGAGGACUUUGCGAUUCUUGUUAAACGACACGCGUUAGCUUCGUCUGCUGCUGCUGGUGGAUUACGGGCUGCUGCUGAAUGCGUUCAAAUAGCUUUGGGUCAUUGUUCGUUGUUGGAAGCUCGUGGUUUGACACUUUGUCCUGUGCUUUUGAAACUUUUUAGACCUAGUGUUGAACAAGCACUUGAUGCCAAUUUAAAGCGGAUUGAAGAAAGUACAGCUGCAUUAGCCGCUGCUGAUGAUUGGGAUCUUUCUUCUUCACCAGCUGGCACACGUCUUUCUGGCAGACCUUCUAGUACUUCCGUUAAUACCUUAACAGCUUAUCAACCUAAACUCUCGAGUAGUGCUCAAAGGUUCAAUUCAAUGGUCCAGGAUUUCUUUGAGGAUGUAGAACCACUGCUGACCAUGCAAUUAGGAGGAAAAAUGUUGGAGGGAUUAUUCCACGUCUUCAGUUCAUACGUUAGCAUGCUUAUAAGAGCACUCCCGGGCUCCAUGGAAGAAGAAGCAAACUAUGAAGGAACUGGGAACAAAAUAGUUAGAAUGGCUGAAACCGAAGCUCAGCAAAUGGCAUUGCUCGCAAAUGCAUCCUUAUUAGCUGAGGAACUAUUACCUCGUGCAGCCAUGAAACUCACCCCUGUAGUUCAAACUAUUUACAAGGAUGACCCACGCAGACGACCUUCAGAUCGGCAGAAUCGGAAUCCCGAGCAAAGGGAAUGGAAAAGACGUCUUGCAAGCAUAGUAGAUAGAUUGAAGGAUAGCUUCUGCAGACAACAUGCUUUAGAACUCAUUUUUACUGAAGAUGGUGAUAGCCAUUUAACACCUGACAUGUACAUUAACAUGGAUGGUGGUGUGGAGGAAAUAGACUGGUUCCCUUCUCCAAUAUUUCAGGAACUAUAUGCGAAGCUUUUCAGGAUGUCUUCUAUAGCAGCAGAAAUGUUUGUUGGCAGGGAACGUUUUUCAACAAUGUUAUUAAUGAGGCUUACCGAGACUGUCAUCUUAUGGCUCUCAGAAGACCCAACCUUUUGGGAUGUUAUUGAAGACGGACCAACACCUUUAGGGCCACUCGGACUUCAACAGUUUUAUUUGGAUAUGAAGUUUGUCCUUGCUUUUGCUUCCCAAGGGCGAUACUUAUCUCGAAAUUUAAAUCGGGUUGUGAAUGAGAUCAUAAACAAAGCACUUGCAGCCUUUUCUGUAACGGGAAUGGAUCCAUACAGUGUACUUCCUGAGGAUGAGUGGUUCGGCGACAUAUGCCAAGAAGCAAUGGAUAGGUUGAGCGGGAAGCCGAGAUUAGCCAAUGGGGAACGAGAUCUAAGCAGCCCAACUGCUUCCGUCUCGGCACAAUCAAUAUCAUCCAUUAGAUCUCAUGGCAGUUCGUGAGCGGAUUGAUUCCCUCUUGUGUGUCUGGAAUCUGCGUCAACUUUCUUUUGUAUCAUAGAAUUUUAUUUAUAUUUCUAGAAUAUUAUUUCAUUUUGUGCCUUUGUCUAUCUUCUCUUUUUAACAUUGUGUUAGAUAUCAUCUCAUCAUGUAAAUCUGUCUCUCUUUUUUCACCUUUUGAGUGACUUUUUUUUUGGUAUUCUUUAAUAAAAAGUGAGUAUUGGUUUGGGGA